CCCAAAUCACGUAAACCGGGUACAACCCGGACCACCGCCAUGACCAGUGAAUCCAGUGGCUCUGUAAUUUUCUUCCACCAUCCAUACGUAUCUCUCUGAUAAUCUGAACGAGUGGUCCUAAAUCAUGCUCUUUAGAAUUGUUUCUUCCUUUUAACCAUUUCGUUAAACACAAACACUCCUAUAAAUGUGUGAGUUCACAACAAAUUCUGAUUUGAGGUGCAGAGGUGAAUCAAGAACAAGAAUCGUAAUUUAGAUCCAAGUAAUGGCCAUGCGAGCUCUUCAGGCGUCCACAUCCUACAGUGUUGGCUUUGGCGUGUCCUUCGCCUCCCCUCCCCGGCGUUCCAGUCACCGCCGUAUCACCCUUGCCCAAAUGGAACCAACAGACAAGUCUGUUGAGAUUAUGAGGAAGUUCUCGGAGCAAUAUGCUCGUAAGUCGGGAACGUAUUUCUGUGUGGACAAAGGAGUCACUUCCGUUGUUAUCAAGGGAUUAGCAGACCACAAAGAUACAUUGGGUGCUCCACUUUGCCCUUGCAGGCAUUAUGAUGACAAAGCUGCUGAAGCACAACAGGGCUUUUGGAACUGUCCAUGUGUUCCCAUGAGAGAGAGGAAGGAGUGCCACUGCAUGCUUUUUCUCACACCUGAUAAUGAUUUUGCCGGCAAAGAACAGGCCAUUUCUUUGGAAGAAAUCAAGGAAACAACUGCAAAUAUGUAAUGCUCCACCAUAUCAUAGUCACCUUCUUGAGUAGUCCUAGAUUGUAUGUAAACUUGUAUUCUAAUCCAGAGGUCAAUCUACUUAUGUUGCAAUAAUCUUUUUUCCCUUUUUUCUUCCUUUGAUUACGUUGUCUUUGGCUUGCUUGGUUUUUUGGCUGCAUAUAACUGGGAUUUGGAUUGCUGCUUAUUGUCCCUUGCUCCAUAUUGUCGUCACUUUGUUGUCGUGGUUCCUUCUCAACAUUUGUACUUGAGGGAAAUGGGUAGCAGGGAGGGACAGCAUUCCUUAUGGAUUCACUCUCCAGCAGUCCGAC